AUGACCCGGAAAAUGUGGGGCUUGAUUCCUGUGUUGGACUGCUCCCAGCUGCUGAAGCUCUGCCCUUCGCAGUGCAAGCUCUCCAUCUACCCUUUCACGACCCCCGCUCCCCGGGCGGACUCUCCUCAGCGCACCAUGUCGGACCAAGCUUUUGUGACGUUGGCCACAAAUGACAGCUACGCAAAAGGAGCGAUGGUUCUCGGCCAGUCGUUACGAAACUACAAAACAACCAGGAAGUUGGUUGUACUUGUUGGACCUCAUGUUGGAGAGCCUUGCAGAGAAGUAUUACGCUCCAUUUUUGAUGAGGUGCGUGUGGUGGAUGUCAUGGAGUCCGGUGAUACAGCCCACCUAGCCCUGAUGAAGCGACCAGACUUGGGUGUAACGUUCACCAAACUGCACUGUUGGACUCUCACACACUACAGCAAGUGUGUGUUCUUGGACGCAGACACACUGGUACUAUGUAAUGUCGAUGAACUUUUUGAGAGAGAGGAACUUUCUGCAGCACCAGAUCCUGGCUGGCCAGACUGUUUCAACUCUGGGGUUUUUGUCUUCAGACCGUCCAAUGAGACACACGAGAAGCUGCUCACAUUCUGCAGUGAAAAUGGCAGUUUUGAUGGUGGAGAUCAGGGGGUUCUCAACAGCUUCUUUAACUCUUGGGCGACGGAGGAUAUUUCUAAACACCUUCCCUUCAUCUACAACCUCAGCAGUAUCGCCAUCUACUCCUACCUGCCAGCAUUCAAACAGUACGGCCGUAACGCCAAGGUGGUGCACUUCCUGGGUAAGGUGAAGCCAUGGAAUCACUCCUAUGAUAACCAGCGAGGAGUAGUCAAAGGACAAUCUCAGUCUCCUGACCUGAGCCCGCUGCACCCCGAUUAUCUGCUCAUGUGGUGGCAGCUGUACGCCAAAUCUGUCGUGCCUUUACUGCAGCAGGCCUACGGGGAGACGCCCUUCGACAGCGGCUUCUUUGAUUCGAGCGAGGACGGUCAACAUGAGGAUGUGAGCGCGCAGGCAGCUCCGUUUACUCCCCCUCCCCAGAAAGUCUCAUCAGAGGAAAGGAAGCAGCGCUGGGAAGCGGGCCAGAUCGACUACAUGGGAGAUGACUCCUUCGCCAACAUCGAGCGAAAGCUUGACUCCUUUUUAAAGUAGUGUUCAGGAGAGGGAGUGUGUGACGGACAGAGAGAGCCCCAGUUGAAGCUCUGUGAGGGCGGGAUUUAAGCACUGCUCAGCCAAUCACGGGGGCUUUAUUAGCAGGUGACUGCAUCUGUGAACCUUUAAACCUCACUCUCUGUCAACGUCAGUGUGUGUGUGAAUGGCAGAGAGCAUAAGUUUGAUACAGUUCCCAUGCACUCCUACCAUUCACUGUUUUCCUCAAUGGAAAAGUUUGAUUUUUCAGGAUAUACACUCAUAGAUUCUUGCAGUUGGUUGAGAAGCAGCAGCUGGCUAACUUAGCUUAGCUUUGGGACUCAUACUGGCUACGUUACUCAGUGACUUGGUCACAUAGCUUUGUGAAUUCAAACACAGGAGGAAAAGAUUUUUCUGUAAUCCCACAGAUGUUCACCGUCUUCCCAGGAUGCUAAAAUGUUUGCCUUGGGCAAAUCUAAUGUUUAAAUCCAAUAUUCCCUCUGACUGCACCACUCCGGUCUUUGUCUCUCUGUGCUGGAUGUAAACUUUGACCCGUUUUGAUCCGGUUCGGGAAAUACCUUUGCAGAUUGAAUAUGGUGCUGUAGAACAAGAGUAAUAUGGAUGAUAAAGUAAUGUUUUGACUUUCUCUUCAAGUGUACCUCUGUACUGCUCUUUACGACAAAAACACAAAGUGAUGUCCAAGUACUGAGGCUGAAAUCAGGGCUAAAAACUGCAAUUUUUUUCUAAAUUCAGAGGCUGAAAAAAUCUGCCUGCUAGCAUUUUUAAAGCUCACAAAUUGGCAUGUUAAUCUAGAAAAGUUUAGCAUCAUUAUGUUACUGUAAUCCAGAGGGGUUUAUGUAUUAAUAACAGACAAUUAUUGGGCAAGACCUAGUGACAGAACCUACUGGGUAGGAAAGUAGGGAGCACAAAGGGACUAUUUUAUAAUUAGGGCUGUCAAAAGAUUAAAAAAUGUCUGAAGUUAAUCACAAUUAAUUGCAUCUCAUUUAUUGCAUUGUAAAAUUCUACUAGUUUGCACUCAAAACUGUUUUGUGCCAUCUUGUCUACGGCGUGAAGACAACGGUAAUCGACUUCCUGUUUGCAUACAGGAAUACCCACUUGCAUACAUACCCGAUGGUAUCAAAGAUAAGCUUAGCCCCCCAAAACCUACAUUAAAAAAAAAAAACGUGUUGUUAAAAUCAACAUCUAUUUAAUUGUUUCAUUGAUAAAACCCUAAGAAAACAUCUUUUCACAUGUUUUUCUUGCCAAAAGACCAUUUUAUAAACUGAUUAUUAAGUGUUUCCUCUUGUUUUUACUUAAUAUGUGCGAAUCUGAUUUUGACCAGACCAGACCAAGCCCCCCUUAGGGGCUCCCGGGCCCCAGGUUGGGAACCACUGUUCUACAUCACUGUGGCUGCAGGGAGACACUGAUGUGGCGUAACCAAAGUGUACUGAAAGGGACAAUAAAGCAUGUGAUUAAUUGCAAUUAAUAUAGCACUAACUGUUCAUCUGAGUUAAUCAUUAUAUAAUCAUUAUUCUGGGAAUGUUUAGAGACGUAAGAAACUUUCAAGGUACUCCUAUCGAUUUUUGGGGGGGCGGUUAUUGAAAUUUGGGAGAAUUGGUAUGGUAAAUAUGUCCAACUCCUUGGAGGUUUUCCAAGCAAUGCAAUGGAAGUUUUGUAGGGAAUUAAUUUUGAGAACCUUUGGAUGCUUUUCUGGAAUGUUUUUGGGAAGUCCUACUUGGGAUCAUUUGAAACGUGAUGAUUCAUACAGAAAUUUCAUUUUAAAAAAUUGGGAUUUUUCCAGAAUUUUUCAGGACUUUUCAUUAUUUGAAACUCCAAGUAAAUUCGAGAACAUGUAUCAGGAGUUUUCCCUGAAAUUUGAGUUUCAGGAAUCCAAAACCAUCUUUUCUUUAAGAAAUUGUUUAAUAAUUGAAUUUGCAGGAACUAAAUGGAUUCUUAAUGUUGAUUGGGAGCUUUGGAGGUACUGGUUGGUAGACUUUGGAUGUUUGGCUGGAUAAUAAUCGUUCCCUGCUUUGUCAUAGGACGUACAGACCUAACCACAUAGGAAAUAGUAUUGAAGUACUCAUCAGUCUUGGUCCACUUUUAAAACUCCCUGUCUUAUUGGGCCUUGGAUGCAUCUCUAUUCAGUCAAAUCUAACCAAGAGUUUUGUUCUAAUUUAAAGACUGGUCAAGACCAGAGCUGCAGGUGUGUCAUGAAGUAUUGUUUGGUUUCUGUCAUUGCUAGUAGCUUAUGUCAUCAGCUACAGGUUGUCUUAUCAGGCAAAUAAUCACAUCCUGCUCAUGGUAACAGUCAAAUGUCUCACCGCUUUGUCAUGAAAAAUUUCAAGAUGCUGUUCCUGAAGUGUGCGGUUAAUGACCUCAUCCUACAGCUACACCAUGGCAGCAGUAUCAGGUUUAAAAGAAAACUGUAAAGAAAUAAUCUAUCUAUAUACAGAUGAUGCUGUUUUUUAGGCACCAGUGUAAAGUUUAGUCUGAAUCAUAUCCAGCUGAAAACAGGAACGCUUUUACUGAAGCGUUGACUGGAAGGUAGAUUAUGGGUGCGGGGCAUGUGGUGACAUGAUAAUGUUAAGUUAUGUUUUGAGUUGUAAACAAGUCUGAGACAGGUCACAGUAAAACAAUGUAGUUUCAGUCUAAAGUUAUGUAAUCAGCUAGUGUCAGCUCUGGAAUUAUCCCGACAACACUAUCAGCUGCUCUCAAACUUGGUGAGAUUUCUAGAGAAGCAAAACACAAAGCAUGCUGUGACCCACCUAGCUGCAUUAGAAGCUCAAGGUCGAUAAAUAACUAACUUAUAUAGAUGAGAUCAGUCUUGUUGCUGAUAGUCUUCUUUGCUUCCUCUCUGUCUUUUUGAUGACCAGCUAAGUCUCCCUCAAUGAGGGUUAGUGUUUACUUCUGUAAUACCAUCUGGACAUUUCAUAUAAUGCACUCACAUAAUUUAAAUACUAAAAAAAUAUCUUGGAUCAGCCAUUCAUGGUUUCUUGUCUGGACUCAGUCUCAAUCUUUGAAGCCUUAGUAUUGAUAUCCUCUGGUCUUGGCCCUUUCUUGGUCUUUGUUCAGGUGAUCUUUAGUUUGCAGAAGUGUUUUAAGCGUCCCUUCUAACUCGCUUGAAGAAAGAAAAUUAGUGUACCUCCCAGAAUUUCAGACUACUCCUUUAAGUGAGCUUUAGUGUCAGAUCAUGUUGGAUUCAGUCUUCCAAACCUGUGGAAACUUUCAGCUACAACUAACAAACGUAAAGCUGAGGUCUGAACAGGCAUCAAAGGCUUACUCUGCAACUUUCAGAACAGAAUUUUAGACCAAAACAAAAUCUUUAUGGAUGCAUUUCCUUAAUCCUUAGCUCCUCCUCCAACCUUCCCAUCUGUUUACACUAGCAAGUUUUCCAUGGGAAAAUCUUUUUCUGGGUUAAAGGAAUAUUUCGUUAUUUUUGAGGUGUGUUGUAUAAGGUGCUUGGUGAUAGUAAUGGCACUCCCCUCUAGAGAUUUUAUUGAGUUUUGUCCCUUUAGUCAUGACACAUUUGGGGAAGAAGGCUUUACAGCAUAGCAGAUGGGUACAGUUGCUUCACUUAAUUUAGCGAGUUUUAGGUAAAAGCAGGCAAAAAAAAAAAUGCUGGCUCAGUUGUAAGCUAUAUCAAAAUUUUUUAAGUAUUUUAUUUUUCACACAGAAAGCCUCUGUGUUUGGCACUAUUUUGGGAUGCAAGCUUCGGCUACCAGCUACGUGCUCCUCUGCCUCAUUGCAUUGGAACAACUGUUUGGGUCACUAGGCUUCAUCAGAGAAAACAACAAAUUGUACUAAAACUAGUUUAUUUUUUCUCAAUUUAACCGCUGACACAUUGUUUUCGUAAACAUAUACUGACUGUAGCUUGUCUAGCUAUUAGACGUUAGAGGAACAAAGCAGCAGCCAUAAUCUGACUUGUAGGAGCGUAGAUGGUCUUGUUUUCAAGUUGCACCUCAUGGCGGUUCAAGUCUGUCCUGUGGCUCCUUUCCCACAUUUCUCUCCCCUACUCUCAUAUUUCUCUUUCUGACUCUAUCCACCAUCCUUCUCUAAACAAAGGCAUAUAAAGCCCCCCAAAAAAACUUACUAGGAUGACAGAUUUUCAUUUAGCUCUUCUGGUCAUCGUUAGUUUUCCCAAUUUAUCUCUGAAAGUAGAAGAAGUUUGGUAAAACAGCAGCAUUCAGUAAGGCAGGGAACUCUGGAUGGGGAGUGAUGCAGGCUGCAGGUGUCUGUGAGCCGCUAUCCUCCAUCAGAAGUCAUACAUUUGCUCUCUGUGUUCAUGGGCAUGGGCUCACAGUUAGCACACCUGCAUCACCAGGUAACCUGGGAUCUCUCCUGCUCCCUAAAGUUUCUCUCCUCACACUCUUUCUUCCUGCUGUCGCCAUAUAUAGAAGUUCCUCUGUGAAACUGCACCCAUCUGGUACACUGUAUAGUCUAAUCCCUGCAAGAACAACCAGCGAGUUUUCUUAAAGGGGCAGCGCACACCGCAAUCUCUGGAGGCUAAUGCCACUACUGUUACCAAGUACCUAUAUAACCUAAAAAUACCAAUAUAUCUCUUUUAAAAGUUUGUUGGCUCUUCUUCAGUUGUACACACUUCUUAAAACCUCCAUCAUUCCUACAAUGUUCCUUCCCCACACUGUUGCAGGGUUCAUGGUUGGAGAUUGAGCAGUAUACGAGAAAAGAAAUAUUUAUGAAGCAUGUUUGAGCCUCCAAGUGUAACUUAAAAAAACCACCAAUUAAGAGGCAUCAUCCUGUUAGCGUGCACACAGAGCUGAAAACAACAAACCCGGAGGGUUUUUGCUGUAUUAAUAUUCUGAAUGUGCAUAGUAAGCCUUUCAAAGUUGUUUCUUGAAAUUUACCACAACUCCUCUCCUGCAAUAAGUCAUUAUAUCUUCUCUGCUUUUGAGCAGGCAUUCAACAACGAUCUUUCUCUUUUCUAAAUCCAGUUCUGAAGAUCCUGCUCCAGUCUGACAGCAUUUAUCUCAGCAGUUUAUAGACAACAUCCCUACCUGUGCUUCUGACACUCACCAGCUUCCUGUGACUUCAGCUUUGUAAUGUCUGGUCUUGUAUUAACGAUCAGGGCUAGUUGUGUUGUAUUUGCAUGGCACAGAGUUAAAAAAGUGGGUCAGUAAUGAAGUAUUUCAGCCACAUCCUUAAGCGAUGUUGACAGUGGUGUUUGUAUCAAUGUGCUAAACAGACAUCUCUUCCGUCCCUGCAUGUUCAGUUCCUGCCAGACCCUCAUCUUAGUGUUUCAUCAGUCCCCCGUCUGCAGUGUUGCCAACUGCCUUAUUGCCGUUCACUGUUUACAAAACCUCAAUUGCUGUAACUGCUGCAAGUAGCACAACUUUUCUGAGUUCCUCCUCUCCUGUUGCCUUUUACCUCUUCACUCCAGCUGUGUGCUCUUAAAUUAACCAUAACCAUGUAAUAAUGAUAACCCUAUAUAUUAAACACUCCUACUAGAAGGCUGGCAAGGAUAUGUGUGAAACUGUAAUUGUCUAACCUGCUUAAUCUGGGUUACCCAUGAGUGUCAAAGUAAUUCAUAACUGUAAAAACAUCAUUGUCAGGCUGUUUUGUUCACCCAGCUGUUAACUGUACAUCCCUGUUGAAGCGCUAAUAAAGAAUGGGUGAAAAGCUU